CUGGCGUCUCUUGGACGAAGUGGUGCGACCUAAUAUAAAUUAAUGAUCAUCUAUUAUUUGUGCACUGGACACCUGCUGGCCAUGUUUGUGAAAGGUGUUGGCUCUCUGCUUCUCGGUUGCUGCUCCGUGCUUCGCUCAUCAUCAGUGCUACAGCCACCCAGACAGCUACAAUUAGCCAAAAGUCAAAGCUGAUCCCUCCGCCUCGCCUCACGACAGUUGACCCUGCAGCUGCGGCAAACAUCAAACGUCUUAUUCCAUCCUUGACAGGUUUCCCGAAUCCUGUCUCCCAGCACUCGUACAUAACAGCACGAAGAAAGCACUCUGCAUCGUUGCUACUGGAGCACAGUCCCCGCCUUGACGCGCGCCCGACCAUGUGGCAGCCUACCUGCCAGCCACGAACCAGACACACAGCUUCAGCCUUAUCUGCGCUCAUGAUCGAAGUAGGGUGAACAAGAGGAAGAGAUUUAAAAAAUACUAAAUCAUGAGCCAGCCUGAAGGGCAACCAGGCCAGAAAGAGCAGGAAGCAUGUACACAGCCCACGCCGGAGCUCCCUGCACCUCCACAGCCUGAGAACGACAAAGGCAUCUUUCCUCCAGCUAAGAGCCCUUCUCCGGAAGGUCUAGAUGGCAUCACGCCCGAGAAUGUCGACAUCUUCAAGCUUGAGGCCGUGCAAGCUUUGAAGCUGCUAUGCCGCAGCGUCGACUCUCUGGUCCAACUGACCGGCGACGUUCCUCCUACACCUCCGGCACGUAGCCGGGGAGCUUCUCCGGCACGUCCAUUGUCCAAGCUACGCGAGUCGAGUACGCCGGGCACCCCGACCCCUACAACGAAGAAAGAGAACUUCCACGGGCUGCGAGCGCCGGGCCAGCAGGAGCAAGAACACAUUGACGGAGUAGUUUUUGUGAAGACGCCGAUCGGUUCGCCUGAAGCACAAGCACAUGAGCCUAUGUCGGCUGCAAAUAUCAUUGGCGCUCAUGCGCAACCCAUCUAUCUCCAGCAUGGAGCUCUGGCACGGAAAUUCUACUCGAAACGCCCUCCGCCAAUCUCGACCGAAGACUACCUCAUGCGCAUGCACAAAUACUGCCCGCUGUCGACUGCCGUUUAUCUGGCUUCCUCGGUGUACAUUACGCGGCUGGCGGUGCAUGAGAAGAUCGUACCAGUGACACCACGAAAUGUACACCGUUUGCUUCUGGCAUGCCUGAGAGUAGCCAUGAAGGCACUGGAAGAUCUCUGCUGGCCUCACGCCCGCUUUAGCAAGGUUGGCGGCGUCUCCGAAGGCGAGCUAGGUCGACUCGAGAUCACCUUCUGCUAUCUGAUGGAUUUCGGUUUGAAGGUGGACUCAACCAUGUUGCAGAAAGAAGCCGAACUCCUCUGUCGUCGGACACGCUUUGACGCAUUGUUUCUCAACAAUCCUGUAACAUCACUGGACCUGAAGCUGCCGGACGACGGCGAGAGAAAGGCGAGGACGACAGAGAAAAGGAAGGCAAGCAGCACUUUGCCCAGCAGGCCGGUCAUUCAAGUCGGGGCAGGCAUAGAAGUCAUGGGUCAGUCCUGAGCGACGUCAUACACUUGGUGUGACCUGAUACCACACCUGAGAAGCAAGUCUGAAAUUUUGUGGUGUUGAGCAGAAGGACACGAUGUUGCUGCAAGGUACAGAUACAUUGGCGCAGCUUCUCGGACCUGCUUUUGGGGCGAUCAGUGGGACUGUGUGAACGAAUUGACAGCAAGCGAGAUGGCGAUCUAUGAAUGUUACACUGCGAGUCUGCGAGCAUAUGGAGUAUCAUAGUGCUUAUGGUAUAUCGGACGAUUAUGAUAGGCGUUCAGCUUCAAUCUUCACCCUGAGAUGCAGGAUAUUUAAUACGACCUUCUUUUUUAUAUAUUUCGUGGGUCUAUCUGAUUCAAGGUUGCUUUCAUUCUAGGCUGGGAGUACUCAACAUCAUCCGCGGCGCUUGGAGGAAUAAAAAAUAU